AUGGAGCUGUUCGAGCGCGCGAGGACUGUGCGGCUGCGGAGCCACCACGACAAGUACCUGUACGCGGACGAGGACGAGGCGCACGUGAUCCAGGACCGGAACGCGGCGUCCCCGAACGCGCGGUGGGUGGUGGAGCCCGUGCCGCACGCCCCCGGUGUGCUCCGCCUCCGCGGCCGCUACGGCCGCUACCUCUCCGCCUCCAACGAGCCCUUCCUCCUGGGCUUCACGGGCCGGAAGGUGCUGCAGACGCUGCCGCACCGCCUCGACUCCUCCGUCGAGUGGGUGCCCGUGCGCGACGACGCCGGCGCCAACGCGCACGCCCGCGCCGCGCGCCUCCGGACCCGGUACGGCAACUUCCUCCGCGCCAACGCGGGGCUCCCGCCGUGGCGGAACUCCGUCACCCACGACGCCCCGCACCGGCACAGCGGGUGGGUGGUCUGGGAUGUCGAGAUCGUCCAGGCGCUCCCGCCGCCGACGGGACCGGACUCCUCGUCGUCGUCCGCCGCCGCAGAGACCGACGCCGACCCCUUCGCCUCGUCCCUGACUCCGUCGUCGUACAGAAACAACCCGCCCUCCCGCCCGCAGUCUCCGGCUCCCUUGCCAACGUCGGCGCUGAGGCCUGCCGCCCCGCCGGCGCACCACCGUGAAGAUAACUUGGCUCCGUUCAGAGCGCAGCCCCGCCGCCGCCGCCGGGCUACAUCGCGCCACCGGCUCCUGGUCUGUACAGGCUCGAGGUCCGUCCUCCAAUCACCUGACCAACCAAAGGCAUGCAGAUUGCUUGCACGAGAUUUCCAUGGUGACUUACCAUUUCGCCGGGAUCGAUCGGUUGCGUGUGCCCGCGUGCAGUCGACGGACUCCUUCACGGUGCCGCUGCACAAGGUGGAGGGGCGAGCGGUGCACUACCACAUCGGGGACAGCAAUGGGGAGGUGAGGCCGGACGAGGAGCCGCACUACUUGACGUUCAACGGGACGAGCCUGGAGGAACUGCUGGAGAGGCUCAAGGAGGAGACGGGGCUCGAUGACGUCAUCAUGUGCUCGCGCAGCCCCAUCAACAGGAAGCUCCUGCCGCUCCGCCUGCAGCUGCCGCCCAACAACGCGGCCGUGCAUAUCGUGCUUGUGCAGGAGUCGUCGAAAGGUGCGCUUUCUUCGUCAACAAUAUUAUGUUAA